CACAAAAAAUUCAGUUUCUACCCAACUCUGCUUUCGUGCAACAAUACAGACGUUGAGUUGUAAUUUCCCAGUUCUGAUUAUUUACGUACUGUCGUCAGCUGUCAGUUGUAUUAGUCAAAGAUAUUUUUAUUAAUAGACAAUAAUUAUAGGCAAAAUAUUUCCACGUGCAAUUACUUAUUUAUAUAAAAUUUGUGGAUUUAAUAAGUUAAGUGUAAAAUUACUAAUAUUUUUAUUAAAAUUAGACAGUUUACUCAAAUAUGACAUCCAUUUUUCUAGUAAUAUUUUAGUAACAUUUUUAUCCAUCACAAAUUUAUCCUUUACCCUGUAUCCUAACGACUUUUAUCCUCUAUCUUUACAACUUUUUACCCACCUUUUUUUCUGUGUUUAGACACUGAGUUUUUACUAUACGGAAUAUAAUUCCUUAUUAUAUUAUUUCAGAAAUGUCGACACUUUAUGAUUAUAUGUUGGACGACUGGAACAGUAAGAAAAGUAAUGAAGAAUUAGAAAUAAUGAUUAAGAGUGGUCAAGAAGGAAAAAAAUUUUCACAUAUAUGCAUUAUUAUGGGUCAAGUAUCCAUGAGCGCUCGUUUAUUUCAAUGGACUAUGGAGAAUAUGCCUAAUUGGAAUAGUCCAGAAAAAUUCAAAAAUUUUACAUUGUUUGCUGAUGCAUAUUUUCCAUUUCAAUGGAACUAUAGUCCAACUUUUGAAAUUAUAUGUUGUUUUGAAUUUAUUGGAACGCUUUUUGCGACACUUGCUUAUUCUGGAACUGACAGUUACUUUAGUCAAAUAUCUUUUCACUAUACCGCACAAUAUCACAUCUUACGUUUGAGGCUGAUGUAUCUCAUCAAUAAUUGUGACAACACAAAAUUUAAGUCUGAAUAUAAUGAAGAGUUUAACAAUAUCAUCAACAGUUAUGCAUUCGCAAAUACAGCAUACGAAAGUAAAUGGUUUAAUUUACCAUCGCAAAAAGCAAAUUGUUUACUCUUACUUAUGCAAAGUGGCAAUAAACCUGUAGAAAUAACAGCUGGAAAAUUUGUCGUUUUUAACUUUGCACUAUUUGGAAGCGUGAGUUAUUAUUAAACUGCC